AUGGACGAAGAGGGACGAAGAUGGACGAAGAGGGACGGAGAGGGACGAAGAGGGACGGAGAGGGACGGAGAGGGACGCAACUUUUCACACAAGGACAACAGGGACAACAGGGGCGACAGGGGCGACAACAGGGACGACAACAGGGGUGACAACAGGGACGACAACAGGGACGACAACAGGGGCGACAACAGGGGCGACAACAGGGACGACAACAGGGACGACAACAGGGACGACAGGGACGACAACAGGGGUGACAACAGGGGCGACAACAGGGGCGACAACAGGGGCGACAACAGGGGCGACAACAGGGGCGACAACAGGGGCGACUACAGGGACGACAACAGGGACGACAACAGGGACGACAGGGACGACAACAGGGGUGACAACAGGGGCGACAACAGGGGCGACAACAGGGGCGACAACAGGGGCGACAACAGGGACGACAACAGGGGCGACAACAGGGACGACAACAGGGGCGACAACAGGGACGACAACAGGGGUGACAACAGGGACGACAACAGGGACGACAACAGGGGUGACAACAGGGGUGACAACAGGGACGACAACAGGGACAACAGGGACGACAACAGGGACGACAACAGGGGCGACAACAGGGGUGACAACAGGGGCGACAACAGGGACGACAACAGGGGCGACAACAGGGGCGACAACAGGGGUGACAACAGGGACGACAACAAGGGCGACAACAGGGGCGACAACAGAAGCGACAACAGGGGCGACAACAGGGGCGACAACAGGGGCGACAACAGGGGCGACAACAGGGGUGACAACAGGGGCGACAACAGGGUGGGCUAA